AACAAAAAGGAAAGCUCAAGUGUGAAAGAGUUCUGUGGGUUUUAGUCGGCUUUUCUUAAUCAUAAACCCAACAACGCAGACGAAACGAGAAUGGCAGAUAACGUUGCGAAAUUCUUCGAAUCAGUUGGCAAUUUCUUCUCCGGCGGCGAUCAGAUCCCAUGGUGUGACCGCGACCUCAUCGCCGGUAUUGAGAAAGAGGUUGCUGAUGCUCAGAAUGGUUCCCCUGAUCACGUUUUCAAAGAAUGUCUUAUGCGAUUAUCAUGGGCUCUUGUUCAUUCAAGGCAUCCAGAAGAUGUGCAACGUGGCAUAGCAAUGCUUGAAGAGGUUAGGAGGGAUCCUACUAAAGCCCCUCGGGAAGUGAGAGAGCCGCUAUAUCUUCUUGCUGUUGGGUAUUACAGAAGUGGUGACCAUACCAGGUGCAGGGAACUUGUAGAACAGAGUUUGAUGGUUGCACCUGAUUGGAGACAGGCACUGAACCUUAAGAAAAUGAAUGAAGCCAAGAUAAAAAGAGAUGGUGCGAUUGGCAUAGGGAUAGCAGCGACUGCUGUUGGACUGCUUGCUGGUGGAAUUGCAGCGGCUGUGGCUAGGAAGAAGUGAUCCGGUAUGCUUGACCUGUGAGUUGCCUGUUCAUAUAAAUUUUACAUUAGAUGUAAAAUUGGUACAAUUGUUCGCUUAAACAAACUAUUGUGAAGAAAGUUCCAAGAGUCGGAUAAUCUUCUUUUUUUCUCUUUUAAGAGAGUUUACUUGAAUUAUAACAUGUUAGAGUUAUGAACUUGCUAUA